CAAACAAAAAAGUCAGAUAUCUUACAAAAACUGAGGGAGUAGAAAAAUAGAGAAACAAUUAAAAUGACAAAGUAGCUGAAGCGUAUAACCAUGUAAAUAAUAUUUUAGCAAAACUUAUUUUAUUAAUGCUAUUAUUGCAAAAGGAUAGGUAUGUAAUUUUCUAAUGCGGUCCGCCCUCCCGCACCGGCAACCCUCGCGACUAUUCCGCAGUCAAUUCUCCACCUUCCAUUCUCCCUCGGGUCCGCUCGUACGACCCGCGCCGUGCACCCGUAGACCCGAACCACGGUUGACCGCACUGCUCCCGGGUGCCCGGGCCCACCCGCGGCCGCAGUCUCCCUGGCACAGCCAUUUUCGAGUGCCACUGUAUUCGUGCGUGCCGAGCGUGCGACUGCGUAUAUUUGCCGGAGCGAAAUCCGCCAUUGCUGCCCGCUCGCUCCUCCUCCUUCUUCCUCCCCCUCCUCCGUUGGGAAGGACGGGACGGCGAGGAGUUUGGUCUUCCGGUUCUCUCCAACGAAGGAGAUGUCGCGUUCUGCGAGUGAGGCCUGAGUGGCGCCUCGCUUACCUGGGGAACCCGGCCAAGGCGCACCUGAACCGUUCGGUUAUUUAACAGUUAAUAUAGUACUUCAGACAUGGUUCAUCAGCAUGAUGAGUCAACUGCCAAUGAAGUCAACACCAAUGCACAGCUUCCCUCCUAUGAACCGUCUCAAGAACCACACGUGUACAAGGUUGGGCGUCCCCCUCAAAAGAACUUGGCCAAAGAGCUUGCAGACACAUUGAGAGAGACUUUCUUCCAUGACAACCCACUACAUCGGUACAAGGACCAGUCUGGAUCGUCAAAGUUCAUGAUGGUGUUGCAGUUCCUGUUCCCAAUCUUUGAGUGGGGCAGGAGCUACAGCUUAAGCAAGUUCAAAGGUGAUCUAAUUGCUGGAUUGACCAUUGCAAGUCUCUGCAUUCCCCAGGACAUCGGAUAUUCGAAACUUGCUAAUUUGGAUGCACAGUAUGGACUAUACUCCAGUUUUGUUCCCCCAUUGAUAUAUGCUGCAAUGGGAAGCUCAAAGGAUAUUGCAAUAGGUCCAGUUGCAGUGGUUUCUCUUUUAAUAGGUUCACUUCUACAAAAUGAAGUUGAUCCUGUCAAAAACAAGGAGGAAUACGUACGCCUUGCUUUCACUGCUACCUUCUUUGCUGGUAUCACUCAAGCAGCCCUAGGAUUUUUAAGGCUAGGAUUCCUCAUCGAGUUCUUGUCACAUGCUGCAAUUGUUGGGUUUAUGGGCGGAGCAGCCAUUACUAUUGCUCUUCAGCAGCUAAAACUUGUGUUGGGUAUCAGGAGCUUUACAAAGAAAACUGACAUAGUUUCUGUUAUGCGCUCUGUUUGGAGUUCAGCUCACCAUGGGUGGAAUUGGCAGACUAUUGUGAUUGGCAUGGCCUUCCUUGCUUUCCUUCUUUUUGCCAAGUAUAUUGGAAAGAAGAACAGGAAGUUUUUCUGGGUGCCAGCUAUUGCUCCUAUAAUUUCAGUUAUCUUGGCAACACUUUUUGUGUACAUUACCCAUGCUGAAAAGCAAGGUGUUCAGAUUGUUAACCAUAUCAAAAAGGGCGUCAACCCAUCAUCAGUCGACAAGAUUUAUUUCACCGGUCCAUUUGUUGCAAAAGGUUUCAAGAUCGGUGUUAUUUGCGGCAUGAUCGGUUUAACGGAAGCUGUAGCAAUUGGAAGGACUUUUGCUGCUCUGAAGGACUAUCAAUUAGAUGGAAACAAGGAGAUGGUAGCACUAGGAACUAUGAACAUAGCAGGCUCAAUGACAUCUUGUUAUAUUGCAACAGGUUCAUUCUCUCGUUCAGCAGUCAAUUUCAUGGCUGGCUGCCAAACACCAGUAUCCAAUAUCGUGAUGUCAACAGUUGUUCUCCUGACCUUGUUGGUCAUCACACCACUCUUCAAGUAUACACCGAAUGCGAUCCUCGGGUCUAUAAUCAUUUCUGCAGUGAUCAGCCUUGUGGACUACGAGGCAGCAAUUCUCAUUUGGAAAGUUGACAAAAUGGACUUCAUUGCCUGCAUGGGAGCAUUCUUUGGUGUGGUUUUUGCAUCUGUUGAGAUAGGUCUCUUAAUAGCUGUAUCAAUUUCAUUUGCUAAAAUACUUCUUCAAGUAACGAGGCCAAGGACCGUACUUCUUGGAAACCUUCCAGGCACCACAAUAUACAGAAACACCGAUCAGUAUCCGGAAGCAAGACAUGUUCCUGGGCUAAUAAUAGUGAGGGUUGAUUCUGCUAUCUACUUCUCCAACUCUAAUUAUGUCCGGGAGAGAAUUCUUAGGUGGUUGACGGAGGAAGAAGAGAGAGCCAAAGCAGAGGGAGAGUCUAAAAUCAACUUCUUGAUCAUAGAGAUGUCUCCGGUUAUCGAUAUCGAUACAAGUGGCAUCCAUUCUCUAGAAGAUCUGUACAAGAAUCUUCAGAAGAGAGACAUUCAGCUUAUCCUAGCGAAUCCUGGAUCCAUCGUCAUCGAAAAGCUCCUGUCGUCCAAUCUCACCGAGCACAUAGGAAGUAACAAUAUUUUCCUCACGGUUUCUGACGCUGUGUGUUUCUGCACAAGCAAAACGAUGCAAGAGCCGUGAAGAAAAAUGCAUGGCUGUGGUAGACAUGGUGUUAUAGUAUACGCGUAUCAUCUAUCCGAUGAUACAUAGGAGCAAUUGCAUAGCCCAAUCAGGUGGUUCAGUGACAUGGUUAUAGUACUGUAAUAUGCAUAUAUAGCUGUAUGGUGAAUAGGUUUGAUGCAAACUAAAAUGCCAUACCUGUCACAAAUUUAGGAACAGGUAAUAGUAAUAAGGUAGGCAUUCCCUCCUACCCUUGAACUGUUUUCUUUAUUCUCAAAUAGUUUGAUG